AUUCCAUUUAUGUGUAUUUGUUACUUUAAGUGUGUCGUACUAACCCCAUAUAUAUAGUAUAGUGAUACCCAGCCCUCCUCGCAGUUCUGCUAUCAGUCCCCCGCUUUUCUGAGGACAGCCGCCCUCAUGUUUUAGGGGCGGUAGUCUGAAGCUAUUCGUCCUUCUUCCUCACAUAUUCAUUGUACAAGCCUGUAAGGACCGACUACAGACGCGGCUUUCCAGAGACCCACGGCGGAGCUACAUGAACAUCCUCUUCGACAAACAUUGACAAUAAUGGCUACUGAAAACUUCGAACUGACCGGCGAUGUGGACAAAAACGGCGAGGCAGAGACCCCGCGGCAGGGCCAUGAGAGGCGGCUACAGACAUCCCUGAAUAUGAACCACUAUGCCAAUAAGAAGAGUGCAGCAGAAAGCAUGCUGGAUGUAGCUCUGCUCAUGGCUAAUGCCUCCCAGCUGAAGGCAGUGAUGGAGCAAGGACCAAGCUUCACCUUUUAUGUGCCCCUCAUUGUUCUCAUUAGCAUCUCUCUCACUUUGCAAAUCCUAGUCGGAGUUCUGCUCAUUUUCAUAGUUAAGUGGAAUCUAAAUGAUGAAAGAAAUCACUACAGAUUGGACAUCUUGGAGAAUGUGACCACAGCUUUCGUCUUUAUUAUAGUGGUUAUCAACGUCUUCAUUACGGCCUUCGGUGUCCAGCAGCCCAGCUCGAGUGGUUGAUUGUGUUUUAAAUAGUUUUCAAUCCCUACUGAUCAAUUUAGUAAAGGCAGGACAUCCAGACAGGGAGAGACAAGAUAUUUAUUCACCAAACUGGCUGGCAUGCAGGUGUAUUUGCUUUUCUGUAAUUCAACCUAUCAGGUCUCAGGAGAACCAGUGAACUCAGAGAAUCAAGUUACAGUAUAUUGUCUCCUGUGUGUGUUUCUGAGUAUAAGGAGUUUCUCAGACCAUGGCCAGUCAUGCACAUGUGUUGAUCAGUUCUUGUUUCAUGUGGCUAUUAACUAGUCUGUUACCUCAGAUCUUAUAAUGCUCAGGUUACUGAUGCAAAUAAGUAAUUGUGUGUAUGCGGAAAACAAACAUCAAGAGCAAUAGUCACAAUCACUGUAAAGGUUUCCCAAACAACAGCUAAAGAAGACCACCUGCUUUUAUUUUGAAGUUCUUAAACAGGUUAGUAUGCCUUUAUGUUUUUGGAAAAAAAACAAACAAACAAAAAUCACAGUUACUACCACAGAAUCCAAAGAAAAUUAACAAUGGUGAGUGCAUCAUGAUUCAUUCUGAAUUGCUGCUGUAAGAGGUAUUAUAUGUGUAACAGCUUUACCAUUCUAAUAAUGUUUACAGUAAGCCUUAACUGCUUUAUUUUUUAAAGAGCUAUGCAAAAUCUGUCUAAAGAAAAUUUCAACCUCCUAGCAUACACCAGCUCAUUGUUGACCCACCUAUGGUUAAGAGUUUUUUGUUUGGUUAAUGUUCACCACGUUUCUUAUAGAAUUUUCACCUGAAUGGGAAACCCCAAAUGAACCAAAAAGAAAUGUAUUACACCUCAUCAACGGUGGUUGAAAUAAAACCAAACCCUAACUCAUGAUGGAUUACCGGUGACCUGGUGGAUGUUUACAGGUUAAACUUUUUUCCUUGCCUUACGAAUUAGUUUGUUUUUCUGUUUGUUUAUUGUGAAUUAUAUGGUUACUUUGAGACUUUUUUAAAUGCAUUUUUGAGGGUCGUUGUCUUUAUCCUUUAAUAAUCCCGUGUUACACACUGCCUAUUUUUAAACAAUUUGUUAUACAAAAUAAAACUACAC